GGGGUUAGACUCAAAGCAGACAAGGGAGGGAAGCAGGAUCGAAGGAAGCUGCUUAGAUGGACAGAAGAUUGGAUUACUUCCUAGUCUCAGCUGCAGCCUCGAGCGAAGUUAUGAGAGUUGUGACAGCCAACGAGUCAUUCUCGGAUCACAAGUCAGUCGUGAUGGACUGUGCCAUCACAGCCAUGGAAGAACGAGGCCCUGGUUACUUCCGGUUGAACACAACUCUGCUUGAGGACGAAGGCCUAAUUCUCUGGGUAAGUGACUUCUGGAACAACUGGAAAGAAGUUAAGACCCACACAAGCGGAAUGGGUGGAUGCAGGUACGCUGUGGACUAUUUUGAAGAUAUCAUGACGACUAGAAGGCCGUGCGAUACCAUGGAGGAUGACAUGUCCCUGCUGUCACCGCUCUGGAAUAAUUUCACAGUUCGGCUUACAGCAGAUGGAAGACUAUGGCUAGACAGACCAGUAUCGGAGGAGAAACUGGCCGAAACAAUCAAGGUCAUGGCGCGGGGCAAAGCCCCAGGUGACGACGGCCUGCCAAUCAAAUUCUUUGCAAGCUGCUGGGACUCGCUAGCGGGUGAUCUCACAGAGAUGUUCAACGAGGUGCUUAAUGGGGGCAGACUAGGAAAGUCAAUUACAAGGGGAAUCAUCUCCCUGCUCUUCAAGAAAGGCGAUCGCUGUGAAGUGCGGAACUGGCGGUCGAUAUCCCUAGUGAAUGUAGUUUAUAAGUUGCUGGCCAGAACCCUGGCCAGCAGACUGAGCAAGUUCCUGCCUGGAUUGGUCCAAAGGGACCAGGGCGCAUUCGUCCAGGGUCGCUCCAUCUUCGAGAAUGUUGUCACGACGAUAGAGGCAUUGAAACUCGUUGACAGGGAGGACGAGGAGACGGCGGUUCUUCUCCUGUAUUUGGAGAAGGCAUAUGAUCGGGUCAACUGGACCUUCGUAAUUACAACUUUGAAGGUGGCCGGCUUUGGAGAGGCGUUUUGCAGAUGGGGGAAGGUGCUGUACCUUUUCUCCUCGGCGGCAGUCUGUGUCAAUGGAGUCAUCUCCAACGAAUUUAAGCUCUCAAGGGUCAAAGCGCUUGCUGACGACCUGUUCGCUAUCUCGGUAAACGAGAGGCCGUCGCUGGAGGUGCUGAAGGGUUGCCUGGUGGACUUCGGUGAACUUUCGGAAGCCGCUGUCAACUGGAACAAGUCAACCUUCUUCUUGCCUAAACAGUUUCCGAUGGCAGUUCAAUGGGGUAUGGAAAGAAUUCAUGCGGAAGCUGCAGAGAGGUUCCUGGGCGUGCAGAUUGGAUUGGCGGAUUGCUCCUCGGCUCAGGAGCCGCCACGGCAGAAGACGGAGGAGGAGGAAGAACUCGAAGAGCUUGUAAACUUUGAGCGCUUUCGUGACUUGAUCAAACAUCGACGGCGAGGAUUGUCGGAUGAGGAGGGCCUGGAGGACAUUGAACAGGUGCUUGAGGCACGAGCUACAGCACCUCCGGCCAAUGAAAGACAGCGGGUACAACCUGCACCUGCAGCACCAGCUCGUGCAGGUGCGUACGCGCAAGUUGCUUUUUCAUACCAAGAUCCUGACGGUCUUGUGGAUGGAGGCGAGGAUGGAGAGGAGAGUGGAGAGGAGGAUGAGGAGGAGGAAGAGGAGAGCAGUAGUGAGGAUAGUGAAGAUGAAGACAUUGAGCAAAUUGCAAGGAAUCAUGGGGUGGACGAUUACAAUCGUCUUGUGCGCCUCGACAAGAAGGCAAGGGAUGAGCAGAGGCGGCAAAAGGAGGCAGCCAAGGGAGAGGUAGGAAUGCGCAAAUUAACGAGAAAGGAACGGCGGCGUGCUGCACGUGAGGAGAGAGAGAGGGAUCGGGAUGCUGCUUGGCUCACCUGCAAUAAACUGUCAUCACGAGAACCUGUCAGCCAUGAGCGACGUGCAAGCCCGAGUUACGAUGCCUAUCCUCAUGGAAGAAGAGGGCGGUCGCGAUCAGCUUCACCAGCACGAUGGCGCAGACAUGAGCGAGAUCGUGACAGGGACAGGGAUUGGGAUCGAGAUCGAGAUCGCGAACGGGAUAGGGAACGAGGGCGUGAGAGGACGCGCGAGCGGGAAAGGGAAAGCAGCCGGGCACGGAAUUCUCCACCGAAGAAAGAGUAUAUCACGGAGUUUGGUGGGCCAAUCAGUGGCGAGGAGGAUGGAAGGCGCUCGGGAGUUAAUACGGCGAUUGGCCAAGGGAUUGCUCCACCACCGUCGCCACCAUCGUGUCAUCUUCAACGUGGCAAUGAACAGCAGAAUCUCAACCGACCCUGGACGGGACAGAUUCUCGAGGCGCUCCGAAGUGAUCCAGCGGUGGCAGGGGUUUCCGCUGUUGGAGUGACUCCAGCUGCAGUGCCAGCAGUCCCAAAAGAUAAAGAAAGACGUCUAUCCGACUCUCGACUGCCUGCAACUGGGAGAGAUGGUCUGUCAGCUGCUGCUUUGGCCAAACUGUCCAAAGGUCCUCCUGCUGCUCUAGCCAAGCCAGCCCAGCAGCAAGGACUUCCACAGCCAACACUGGAAAAGAAGGCCGAGACUCCUCAGGAGCGCUUGAAGAGAAUAAUGAGCAAGCAGCUCAACAAACAGAUCAAGAAAGACACAGCGAGUGAACUCGCGAAGAAACGGGAGCAGGAGAAGCAGCGAUUGGAAAAGUUGGCAGAAACAAGACGAGCUGCUCGCUUAGCCUGGAGUAGCAGCCGUAGCCGUAGAGGCGGCGAACAAGAAGUCCAAGUCCCAGAAGACAUUAUCGUUCAAGGACCCGAUCAAGGUCACCUGUUUCCAGGGUUCGUAGUGGCAGGCGAUCACGUUCACCUCGGCGCUACCGAAGAUCAAGAAGCAGAAGCAGGAGCAGGAGCAAGUUAUAAGAAUACACAGAGCUUUGCAGUCUACAUAUUUCGUGCUUGCGAUCUUCGAUAAAAGGUCAACUGUGAGCAAAUGUAGUUUUGUCACCUUUUGUGUGAGUGGGCGUGGGGAGGGAUUUCCCUUUGGGUGUUUGCACUCACAUCUGUCAGUGUUCACUGUUCAGUGCAGGUAAGCAUACGUGCAUGGCGUGGAAGGGGAGGGGUAUUUAGUGAGCUUGGAAACCGCGAUGAUAGAUAGAGGUGUGAUAGGGGUUGCGGAGGGAGGGGUGGAGAGGGGGGUGAGGGGCACUGGCGGGUGUUAGACCGCGGGGAGGGGCUCACUGGGGCCCCCUCACCAGGAUUAACCGACCGGUUGAAGUGUGUGGUGUCGAAAACAUGUUGACAUUGUUUAGCGUGGAUUUCUUCCGCUUCGAGCCGACGCUUUUCUUGGUAAGUAGGACGGCUACAGCUGGCACCGACCUAUGGAAGCUGGAUGAGAGCCAGAGAGUUGUUUGUGUUUUAUACAUGUGUUCCGAUGUACAGGAAGGGUGUUUCCCAUUACAGACCUUUAUGGAAGAUUUUGGCACGAAGGAAAAUCAAUUGAUUGUAUUCAC